UGGCGACCCCUUGUUGAUUUGCAGUGGCCUUUCAAGACUGUCAAAGCCAUGCGGUCACAAUAUGAAUUUACACACGCUUGGAGCGCUACACAAUGUCUGCGCGGUGCACGCUCGUCUUGGAGAUGAGAUUUUGCUCUCGGAUCUUGGCUUCCAGUCGCUUGUCCGUGUCGUCAGCGUUUCGCCGCUUCUUGACACUGCCCUCGAACCGUUCGAUGACACACACGGCAAAACACGCGACGAAAAACGAGGCGAAUUCCAAGUACAGAGGUGCGCCGUACGCAACGUGCGACGAGCUUGCUUUCGCCUUGCGCAACGGCCCAAACACGAGAAACGACAUGAUGGCACUGCACACGAUCCCAAUGUUCACCAUGUAACGUGCGAAGAGCGGUAGUGACGCACGCGAGGUGCAGCAGCAUGCGCUCACGAUCAACAGGAUUAGCGCAAAAAGAUUGAGCGUAUUCGCAGCGAGCACCAAGGCUGCAACGGCUUUUCCGGUGCGGCUGCACGACGCUUCCAGGAAGUCGUUCAUGGACGACGACGACAUGCCAGUCAUGAUGGCCAGGGCCUUGGACGCUCGAACGUUGUUUGUAUGAAAGUGGUCGCAGAUGCUUGUGGCGUACGCGUCGCGCUUGAUGACCGUGUCAAUGCGCACAAUUUCGUUUUCGAUGGGCCAGAAGUACGAAUAGCACGUGCGCAUGCUGAAAUCUGCCACCGACUCCAUGCCGGGAAUAAGUACCUUCGCGUUGUCAAAGUCAACGUCCGCGCAGAGCCCCCACAAGCCCAAAUCACCUUGGACACGCUUGACCCUGCCAUCCCAUUCGGAAUCCACGACGGCAUUCGACACCCACGAUGGCAAGGCCAGGGCCAGGAGGCCCAACGAGACAACGAGCACCAUCGCGACGAUGGCGGCCAGCCCUUUCCGCAUCGACCCCAUUGCUACUCUGGGUCUCCGCAGAGACAAAGGAUUCGCGAUGUGACCACACUGUGAAUUGCCGUCGUGAUGUGUGUGCCAUGC